GUUCUCAUUUUGAAAUCAUUUGCUUUGUUGAAACCACACUCUCUUUUUUAUCUCCAUCUUGAUCUCCUAUAGUUGAAAUACUAAAAAAUCAUCCUAUCUUCGACCAACUUCUUAGAUUUUGAAGCAUGUCCGACCAAGAUGCUUCUCUUAUUAAUGGAGAAGAACAAAAGAUCUGUGAGGUACUUCCGUUUGUGGAUGAUGACUACGGAGGAGUGAUUGUGGAGAUGAAAACUCCUAUGGAUAAUAAGUCUUUCGUUGCAGCGUUAAAAUACUCAUUCGCGCAGUGGCGUUUACAGGGUAAAAAGGGAGUAUGGUUAAACUUGCCUCUCUCACAUGUAAACCUUGUGGAACCCGCGGUUAAGGAAGGUUUCCGGUACCACCACGCUGAGCCAACUUAUCUGAUGCUAGUUUACUGGAUUCCCGAAGCCGAGAGUACUAUUCCUUUGAAUGCUUCUCAUCGAGUUCGUGUUGGUGCUGUUGUCUUGAACCAGAACAAGGAGAUUCUUGUUGUGCAGGAAAAAUACGGUACAUUAUGCGGAACAGGUGUCUGGAAAAUCCCAACAGGAGUUGUUGACGAGGGUGAGGAUAUUUUCGCGGCAGCCAUUAGAGAAGUGAAAGAAGAAACAGGCAUCGACACAGAGUUUUUGGAAAUUCUAGCUUUCUGUCAAACCCAUGAGUCAUUUUUUGCCAAAUCAGAUUUGUUCUUCGUUUGUCUCUUGCGACCUACGUCCUUCGAUAUUCAAAAGCAGGAUUUAGAGAUCGAAGCAGCUCAAUGGAUGCGGUUCGAGGACUCUGCCUGUCAGCCUAUCACACAAAAGCACGAUCUCUUCAAAGCUAUUCACCUCAUUUGCUCAAUGAAAAUGGAAAAGAGAUACACUGGUUUUUCCACAAAACGUAUUACAUCUUUCUUUGACGACAAGUUAGGUUAUCUCUACUCAAAUAAACAAGAAGAUAUGAACAAUCAUAUUUCUUAAUUAACUUCUUCUAACUAGAACAUAAAAGUUCAAUCAUUAUGAUUAUUAAGAGACCAUUUUCUGAGCCAAGUACAAUUAAUAUAGCAAGCAUAAACACAUUGUAAGAAGAGAGGGAGCUCGUGAUGAGGAAAUAUACACUGUGAAGAUAUUGUUUUUAA